GCAGUGGGCAGUGGACGAUCGACGCGUCACGCUGCCCGGCCACUACGUCCUGCAAUGGUGGAAGAGCUACCUGCUGUCCGCCAGCGCCUGGUCCAUGUAAGGGCCUUGUGGGUAGCAGCAGAGGGGCGAGCGGCGGCAGUGGCGACGGCGACGGCGGCGGAAUAUGCACAAGCUAACUAAGGGCCUCAAGAAGACCAAGAAGAAGAAGAAGGGCAAGAAGAAGGGCCGCGAGGAGGAACUCUUCGACGCCGCCGAGCUCGAGGAGUACCGCCGCACCCACCAGCAGCAGCAGCAGCAGGAGGACGGCGCUCCGGAUCAGGAGGACCAGGGCGCCGAAGCGGACGAGUGGCGGCAGUUCAAGGCGCUGACCGCCGGCGUCGACACCGUCCUCCGCAAGACCCAGGACGAUCUCGACCGCAUCCGCUCCACCAGUUACUUCCAGCGCAAGAAGCCCGAGUCUGAGGCCAAGCAGAAGGACAAGGGCGAGGACGAACAGCCAUCCAAGAAGCCUGAGGGCGGCGCCAAGAAGUGGGUCGGCUUUGAGGAAGGUGCAGGUGGCCCAGACCAAGAAGAAGCCAGUGCUGAGCCCACAGCAGCCCCCGCUGCCACUGGUGAAGCCUCAGGCGCAGCUUCCGCUGCCCCCAAGGACCUCCUAACCGCGCCCGAAACAGGGGACCUUCUCGAGGAGUCGGCCGCCGAGGAAUCUUCUGAAGAAGAGGAGGAGGAAGAGGACGACGAUGGGCUGUUCGACACGUCCUACGUGGACGCUGUCACCAGCGGAGAGGUGAAGCUCGCCUACAUCCCAGACAGUCCGGAGCUAGAGGUAUCCGGAGGCGCCGACGACCCGUUUGACACUUCCUACGUGGAGAGCAUCGCCAAGCAGGCCGAGGAGGAUCUCAAAAAGAGGCCGGCGGUCGUGCUCGACUCGGCGGUGGUGAAGGUCCUCGCGGGCAGAGCGCCGCCAGCCAGCACCGCCCUCAAGCGGCCCUCGCCCUCCCCCAAGCGCCAGCCGCGCGCCGCAGACGUCGACCUCCUGCUCGCCAGCUUCGACGAGAACGGAAACGCCCCCGCCGCCGCCUCAGAGGGCGCCCCAGUCGAGCCCGCCCCCAAGUCGCUGCUCGACGACCUAGACGACGUCCCCGCGCCCCCCACAGCCCCCGCGCCACAGACGCAGCCGUCACCGUCGCCACAUCCCCUGCUGAUCGACGCCCUCGGGGCGUCCGCUUCCCCCAGUCCCCUACCGACCACCGCGCCAGACCACGACCACGACAAGGCAGCAGCAGACGACCACCAACCCGGAAGUGACCUGCGCGACCUGGUCGCCGAGUUUGACCUCAUCUCAGCGCCCGACUCCACUGGGGUCCUUACCACACCAGCCGCUCUUUCUGAGCCCAGCGUCAAAGUACAGGUUGUAGAUUUCCCCGACGGCCAGGACGAGGAGGAGGAGGACCUCGACGACGAGUUCGCGGCCCUCGCCAAAGAGUCGGUCUCGCGGAAGGCGUCCUACCAGCCGCCGGCGGACGGCGCCGACCAGGACCAGCAGCUAGACCUCGACCUCGACCUCGGCCUCGGCCUCGGCCUCGAGCGCGACCCAUUCGACACCAGCGUCGCUGCGGCGGUGCUCGGCGAGCAGACCGCGCACGACUCGUUCGACAGCGAGGUCGCCGGGCUCACAGACCAGCCGCCCGCGCUCCCCCAGUCGCAAACUCAGGGCCGCAAGCCGCGCGCCUUCCCCAUCUCGCCAGACGUCGACAUAGUCCUCGCCAGCGACAGCCCCAGCUCCUGGGCCGCCUUCGACGACGACGCCGAAGAACCUACCACCAAAGAGAGCAAGCCGGCCAGACCGCCGCCCCCAUCCGCCGCCCCCGCACGCGGCCAGCAGGAGACGUUCCACGAGAGUGAGCUCCGAGCACUCGCCGAGGACUUGGUGGCGCCCGACCCGUUCGACACCUCGUUCGCUGAGGGAAUCCUGCCCGGCAGCUCAGACCUCCGCGUGCUCGAGGAGCAGCUGCUGCAGGGCAACCAGGACACCUCAGUGCUCUCCAGCGUCAGCAUACACGUCACAGACCCAGCGGGCGAGAAGCUCGACCACUCACCGGGCGAGGAGGAACUGAACUCCCUGACGCCCAGCCACCGGGACCUGCUGGGUGGCAGCACCACAGACCUCUCCAAGCUCGGCCACGACCCCAUCGAGCCGGCGGCCGGCGCCGCAGACGAGGCGGAGGAAGUCAGCUGCUUCGCGGAGGACCCGUUCGACACCUCCGUGGUAGAGCGCGUCGCAGCACCGGGCAAGGCGGAGGUGCGCUACCUGGAGGAGGAGCUGCUGGGAGGCGUCACUGCCGCCCCCGAGCGCCGCCUCAGCGACCCCGACUUCGACCCCAGGGCGGCCGAGGACGAAGCGCAGCAGCAAGCCACUGCCGUAGUCACAGAGGUGGUGGUAGAAGCGGAGGCCGCAGUCCAGAAGCGGCCUGACCUGCUGGGAGCGGCCACCAAGGUCGUCUCGUUCGACCUGCCCACGCCCUCUGAGCGGCCGGACCUCCUGGCCGUCGAGGAAGACAAGGCGCCCAUCGCCAAACCACUUACCCCCUACUACCCGGAGCCCAAGACCAUCCUAGACGACAUCGCGAGAAUCGCAGACCCGUUCGACACAUCCUUCGCAGAGAACAUCGCGCCCGGCCGCGCGGAGCUGCGCCUGCUGGAGAACGAGUUGCUGGAAGAGGGACAACAAGCACAACAGCAGCCGACGCUGCGACACAGCCUCUCAGACCCGGACUUCGACCCCAGGGGGGAGGAGAAGGCAGAGGCGGGCCAGCAGCAGCCAGGAGGAGAGCAGAGCAGUCCAGAGCCGGUGACCGCCGCAGCAGGAGCAGUUGGAAGGCGCCGCUCUGAGCUGGUAACUCCAGCACCACCUCCAGCGGACUCUGCCCUCCGCAGACGCUUCUCUGACGUCACAGGAGACCGCGGCCCCAGGGCCAGGGCUCUCCAGCCACCUGACAGCCUUCCCUUGGCUCUCUCUCCCAUACAGGGAUCGCGGCCAGACCUCUUGCUCGUUGAGGAAGAGGACGCAGCAGCAACAGCGAAGCCACUGACGCCAAUAUCCAGAGGAGGACAACCAGCACUCCCAGUGUCAGACGACCCGUUCGACACUUCAGCAGUCGCUGGCAACUUGCUGCCAGGGAAGGCCGAGCUCAAGGUGCUCGAGAGCGAGCUCAUCGGCGGGCCUCUGAAGCGCAGCUACACCGACCCCGACUUCGACCCCAGGGCCAGUGAUCCAGAGGAGGACGCGGACCGGCCCGAGCAGUCCCAGGAGGCUCACCCAGACCAGCGACCCGCCACACCCGACAGGCCCGACCUGCUGAACCUGCCACCUGCCGAGUCCCAGCUCGCCCACAAGCCGCUCACGCCGACAGACUCCCUCCCAGAAUCCGCCGCGCCACCCGUCGACGGCUGCGACGUUGACGACCCCUUCGACACCUCAAUAGUCGACGGUCUGGUGGCCCCGGGCCGCGCCGAGCUCAGAGCGCUGGAAUCUGAACUCAUCGGUCAUUGUCAAAAUUCACCUCCCAUAGAUUACGGUGCUAUACCUACGCAACAGGAUAAUCAGCAGAAUAUAUUGGACCCAAUAGCACAAGAGUCGCCAGCCAUGGAUUUCGAGACGGCCAGCAAGGGCGGCAACCCGUUCCUGAUGGACGACUUCCCGACGGCGUCAUCCGCGAGCGACCCCCUGGGCAGCGGCGGCAUCUUCGGCACUACCACGACCGCGCCCAGCAGCACUUCGUCCAACCCAUUCCUCAGCGACUUCGACUUCUCGGCAGCGGGGUCGGAGCCGGCGCCACCGACCACGGCUGCUGCCGGCCCUGCAGGGGACAACCCGUUCCUCAGCGGCGACACCGCCGUCUCGUCGCCCUUCCUGCUGGACGACGCGCCCAGCGUGGGCAGUGGCGCCAUAUCCUCCACCAACCCCUUCGCACAGUUCAGCUCUGCUGCCACUGGAGCAGGAGGUGACAUCAACCACCUGGAUUUCUUCUCGUCGGUGGCGGUGACGACAGCGCCGUCCUCCGCGUCGGCGGGGGCGGACUCGUUCGGCUCUGGCGCCGGCAGCGACUACAGCAGCCUGUUCGCGGCCGCGGAGCCCGCCUCCGCAGUCACCACGUCCGCCGCCAGCGCCCUCGACUUCUUCGGGGGCAGUGCGGAUCCGGCGCCAGUCGCGCAGCCGCAGCAGUACCAGCCGCCCCCCAGGCCGGCGCCGCCCCCGGUCGCCGCCCUUCACCAGCCUCCGGCGGCGGACCUCCUGGCGGACGAUGCGGGCGACUUCUGCAAGGAGACGUCCGACAUCUUCGCGAACGCAGACGUGGACGGCGCCAGCUGCCCGCCCGCACCCUCCUCGCGGACGAGCACGCCCGGCGGCGGCAGGGCUCCCAGGCGGCCCCCGCCCCCGCGUCCGCAGCCGCCCAAGGAGACCAAGGACCUCAUCCUCAGCGUGACCGGCGCCAUGGAGGCCACGUCCUCGCACCUGCUAGACAGGCUGAAGGCGACGCGCACGCCCAGCCCGACGCCGAUGCGCGACCUGCACUCUCCCAGCCCCACGCCCGACAUGAUGCUGCCCCAGCACCAGCUGCAGCCACAGCCCCAAACCCUCCAGCCUCAGUCGCAGCACGCGGGGGACCUGCUGCUCGGCGUCGACGACGACGACCUCGACCUUUCGGGACCCGCCCCCGCGCCGCCGCCUACACCGCAGCCGGCUCCGCCCCCAACGCAAGCGGCCGCCGGCCCGCCGCAGAGGCCUCCGCGACCCGAGAAGCCGCCGCCCCCGGCCGUGGUGCAGCAGCAGCAACAGCAAGACUUCAUGGACAUCUUCGGCACUGCUGACGAGCAGCCUCCAACAAGUGUAUCCCUGGCGCAGACGAACCAGGCGCCAGCGCGGCCCAGCACUUCGGACAUCCUGGGUCUGUUCGACGCCGCCCCAGCCACCACUGCCGCCAACGUCGACGUGAUGAUGCAGCAGCAGCAGCAGCAGCAGCCGCCCCCCAGGCAGCCUUCCGGGGGCGCGUCGCCCGUAGCAGCAGACCUGCUGCUGGGCGAUGCCUUUGGGGAGCCGAUGACGUCGGCCCAAGAACUUCAGCAGCAGCAGGACACGUCUGCCGUGAUGGACUUCACGGGCGUCCCCACGGGGCCCGUGGCUGCAGAGAGCGACCACCCAGUGGCGGAUUUCGACUUCCUUGGAGGACCGGCUCCAGGGAAGCUGUCCCCCGAGCCCCCGGCGGCGGCGCCGGCUGCUGGUGGGGGCGGCGACCAGUGGGGUGGGGGCGGAGACGACAUGCUGGGGGGUGCGGUGGCGGACCGGCAGCCGUCAGCGCCGCAUCAGCCGCAGGCCUACAACCCGGGCUCGCCCUUCGCCGCAGACACGGCCGCGGCGGCAGCAGCAGCGGCGGACGACUUCGACGCCUUCACAGCCAAGUUCGAGAGCGCCGGCGCCGCCCAACAGCCGGACAGCGUGCUGGUGCAGGUGGGCGGCGGGGGCGGCGGUGCCGCGGAGGACCCCUUCGACCCCUUCGGAGGUGGCGGCGGCGGCGGCGGCGGCGGGAUGGGGGUCACUGCAAUGGACACCAGUGCUGAUGACGUGUGGGGCGACAGCGGGGCCGGCGGAGGUGGCGCCAGUGCCGGCGGCGACGCCUCGGGGGCGGGCUUUGGCGCGGAGGACAGCUUCGACGCGUUCCUCUCGCUCAGUGAGCCGCCACCCCCGCCCCAGGGCACGCCCGCGCGCUUCAACAGGACCGGCUCGGCUGACAGCGACGAGGCUCCAGACUUCUCCAUCUUCAUCAGGCCUAAGGGUGCAGAGUCAAACGAGGUGGCUCCGCAGCUGGCCCCGCCCCCCAAGAGCCCGCUGCCCGCCCCUUCGGCGGCAGAACCGUCGCGCUUCAACCCGUUCGACAAGAGCAGCGAGGACGCUGGCGUCGCCGUCGCCGCUACCGCCGUCGCCGCACCUGGUGGAGAGCCUGCCCUGCCGCAAGGGGCAGAGGUGCCGGACGGGAUGCUGCAGCGCACGGACUCCCAAGAGACGCCGCCGACGCCACUGUUCGACGAGGACGUGUCGCAGCCGCUGGAGCCCUUCCCCAGGACCACCUACCAGGGCGACGGCUGGGAGAUGCACCUCCGUCAGCCCAACAAGAAGAAGAUCACCGGCCAGAGGUUCUGGAAGAAAGUGUUCGUGCGUCUGGUGUACCAGGGCGACAGCCCGGUGCUGCAGCUGUUCAACACAAAGGACGACAAGGAUCCAUUCCAGGAGCUGCCGCUGCAGCCCUGCUACUCCGUGUCCGACGUGGGGGCGCAGCAGUUCGACCAGUACGGCAAGAUCUUCACGGUGAAGCUGCAGUACGUGUUCUACAAGGAGCGGCCGGGCGUUCGGCCGGGCCAGGUGACCAAGGCGGAGCGGCUGACCACGCGCAUCAGCCAGUUCGCGCACCACGCCAUCCAGGGCGACUACCAGGGCUGCAAGGAGUUCGGCAGCGACCUGCGCAAGCUGGGACUCCCCGUCGAGCACGCGCCGCAGAUAUCGCAGCUAUUCAAGAUCGGCUGCCAGAACUACGAGGACAUCAAGCAGUUCGGCGUGUGCGUGGAGGAGGCGCUGUUCCGGCUGUCUGCGCACCGCGACCGCGCGCUCAACUACAAGACGGAGGAGGUGCAGAUCACCGCCGUCGACGAGCUGUACGUCGAGCAGGACGCGCACGGACACAUCGACAAGCAGAUCGCCCGCGUGCGACUCUUCUUCCUCGGCUUCCUCGCCGGCAUGCCAGAUGUGGAGCUGGGAGUGAAUGACCUCUGGCGGCAGGGAAAGGAGGUGGUGGGUCGGCACGACAUCAUCCCCGUCAUCACAGAGGAGUGGAUCCGCCUGGAGGGUGUCGAGUUCCACAGCUGCGUCCAGCAGGACGAGUACGAGAAGUCGCGCAUCAUCAAGUUUAAACCUCCUGACGCAUGCUACAUCGAGCUGAUGAGGUUCCGGGUGCGACCUCCACGAAACAGGGAACUGCCUCUACAAGUCAAGGCCGUCAUAUGUGUCACUGGAAACAAGGUUGAGAUAAAGUCAGAGAUUCUGGUUCCUGGCUUCUCGAGCCGUAAAUUGGGCCAGAUUCCAUGUGAAGACAUCAUGGUGCGCUUCCCCAUCCCAGAGUGCUGGAUCUACCUGUUCCGUGUUGAGAAGCACUUCCGGUAUGGUUCUGUCAAGUCGGCCCACAGGAGGACGGGCAAGGUGAAAGGCAUCGAGCGAAUCUUGGGAGCCAUGGAGACGCUGGAACCAUCACUGAUAGAGGUGACGUCGGGACAAGCCAAAUAUGAGCACCAGCACCGCUCCAUCGUGUGGAGGAUGGCGCGCCUGCCCAAGGAGGGUCAGGGUGCGUACACGACACACUCGUUCGUGUGCCGUUUGGGGCUGACAUCGUACGACCAGAUCCCAGAGCAGCUGGCAGAGUACUGCUAUGUGGAGUUCACGAUGCCCGCCACGCAGGUGUCCCACACGACGGUGCGGUCCGUAUCCCUCUGCAACGGUGCCAAGGAUGAUCCCCCAGAGAAGUACGUGCGCUACCUCGCCCGACACGAAUACAGGGUGGGUAUCGAGCACACACAGGGUGAAGGCCCAGGGGCAUAUGUGGCAGCCACAAUCACGACUACCAAGCCUCCACCAGCAGAGUUGGAGACACUCGAAGAAAAGGAAGCUGCACCAGCUGCCGACUCGGAUUCAGACUCAUCUAGUUAACCUCGUGAUCAAAUGAUGCAGUAAGGUAAGUGCUCACAUUUCACCUGUGGAUUAUACCGGACUGGUUGGUGCUUUGAGCCACACCACUCACUAUACGGACAAUACAAACAGUUAUAUACAUGUAAGUUUAUGUGUUGCUGAUGAGAGGAAAACAUUGUUGUAUUUAAUAACGUAGAGAUAGACAACAGUAUCAUUAAUGAUGUAAAUUAAUGUCGUGUUUAUAUGGAUUAGAUGUUUAUUUUUGUUGACUUUGUCAGAGGAUUAUUUUUAUUUCAUGAUAUUUAUUCAGUUAUUCAACAGCACCUUACUGAAGCCACUGACUAUAUUGCCUCAAGAGCCAGAGUGGGGGAGAUGUUCGCAUAACUUUAGACUCAGCUGAUAAUAAGUGUUUCCACAUACGAGAGCUGCGUCACUUGUUAAUCUGAUGUUUAACAAUUACUCGAUGCAUAAUUUGUACAGGACAAUAUAAAUAGCUGUAUGUUUUUGAUGUUAAAUGGUACAUGCAUGUAAUGUAUUGAACAUAUUUAAAUUUUAAAGUCCUUCAGACUGUAACAUAUGUAAUGAACUUGUGAUUUAUUCCUGAAUGAUGGUUCCCAUCAUUUACCUGAGGCACAACAAUGCAAGAGGCAAAUAUAUUAGUAGCAAUGUACAGUCACAUGAACCAGACAUCCUAGGAUACACUGUUCUCACGUGACUGCAAACAUUAAUAGAAUACUUUAAGAUAAGUUGAAGUUUAUUUCAUAGAGUUGCAAAGGGGCACAGAAGAGAAAUCUCGUGCCAGUGUACGUAGUAAUACUUAUACAUAAUCAUGUAAUUAUGCAUGUACAUGUAUUGAUUGUUAUUGAUGUCUUUUCUUUCUAUGCUUUACCAUGACUAAGUGCUCAAAUAAUCUGAUCUCAAUGUGAGAUAUAACAAUGUACAAUAUUCCCUUUCAGUUUGUGUGUAUGAGAGUUGUUUAAUGUGGAAAAGUUGAAAUUACUUGUUACUAAAUAUUGAAUGGUUACCAGAUUUCAAAGUUUAAUGUUAGCCUAUCCUUUUCUAACACACGCUUUACUAAAUGUAUAGUAGAAGGCACAGCUCUCUCCUCUAAAACAUACAAAAUACAAAACAAGGAAAUUACACGUGUCUAUCUCAUAAUGGUUAUGUUGAUUCAACUCAGGGUAAAUUUUUUUCUUCACCAUUACAGGUCUCAAAUCAAGCUGCAACACUUCAGAAUAUUUUCCAAGGUUAAGGCAACUAUCAACAAAAGUAAAUUAAAAAGAAAUGUGGUAAUAAGUGCAACUUAUGCCAUAAAAUUCAAUCUAAACCUGUAAUGUGUUCAUUAAUUGCAUUAAUUAUAAAUGUGUGGUUUCUGAUGACUAAUUUAAACAUUGGAUCAUUUCACAGCAGUUUAUUAUUUUAAAAAUUUACUUUAAGGUCAGUUCUUUAAGAUCAUAUUUCAAGGAUGUGCAUAAAAAUAUUCAUCUCCACCGCAACUAUCCCUGGAAGCAUCUGAUUUCUGACAAUAAAUCAUGAAAUAAUAAUGCUGUAACAUUAAAAAAGAUAUUUGUUGAAAUUUAAUGCAUGGUUUUAAAAUAACUUAAUUUUUAGGACAACUUCAAUUAGUUCAAAGAAAAGAUUUUUCUGUAUACAGUGUAUACACUUUCUAAAUGCUAUUAGAGUUCCUGUUGAGUAGUGAAAUGUUCUAAAAGCACAAAUGAAAGCUUAUGCAGAAGGACGUUAAAUGUGAAAUGAAAAGGUCAAAAGAUUUUUCAGCCUUGCAUGCCUUUUAGCUGUACAUUUACUUAAGAGUGAGUUAAGAAAUUUAAUACAUACUCUGCUACUGUUGCUGCUGCUGCUACUGCUAACUUUUUUCUCUGUACAUGCUUCUUCCAAAAUUUCCAUGACACUGAAAGGUAAAGAAUGUCAACCAUUAUUCAUGGUUAAAACUUGACAUGUUUUAAAGUCCAGGUGUACACAGUUUGAUUCCACAAAAGGUAUUAGAGAAGGGGAGAAACAAUAAAGGAAACGUUUAUAUGCAGAUUCCACACUUUUUACUAGUCCACAACACUCAUUCUUUGAUAAUGUUUAACCCGUUAAUAUCAUUGAACAACUCUACUCUUCAAAUACAGAUAUUUCAAAUAUUAAAUUCUGUGACUUGCGAAUUUUGAAAAGUAAGAGUGAGUAUGCAUGGCACACAGGAGUAACAGUCUACUUUGCUUGUUUGGUAUUCUAGAUAAGAUUGAGUUUACAUUCGAUAUAUGUUGAAAUAGACUUUAAAAGCAGAGUAGAUGGGUAUAUUACAGCUAAUACAAUUACUUAUGUUGAAAAUUUAACAAGUUAUUAAAUCAUUCUUGUAAUUAGCACAUCUAAGUUUGGUUUAGUUCUGAAUGAGAAGUUAGUCUAAUUCUGUCUAAAUUGCUUAUCCGACAUUCUGCUAACAAUUUUUUUUAGUAACAAGAUAAAAGAUCUCACCAUUUCAUCCUUCAAAUUUAAUUCAUCUUAGCUGUACAUCUAUAUUAUAAUCAUAUCUGUCUCUCAUAUAAAAUACACAUGCAGAAACAAAAGACAUUUCAAAUUUAAGUAGUAUUUCUGAAAGCCAUAGUAUAGCCAAAGCAAAAUAGCAACUGAAAUCUCUGUCACUUUAAGAUAGUUUGUUAAAGACCUUACAAACUUAUGUGUCUCAGUGCAGAUGCUAUGCCCAGGAUUAGAUUCACACUAUAUUCUUGGUUUACUGUAUGCUGAGUAGAUGACUAUCAGUUGUCAUAAGAAAUAUUUUCAGUUUGGUUCUCUGCUUGUAUUCAGUGGUUUGAUAACAGUUCAGAACCAUGAGUACAACCAGAUGGGUGGGUUGUGGGUCUCAAGCUCUGCUGACAGAGAUAAAUCUGAGUUAAAUGUCACACAAACAUUACUUUCCUAGUUGUUAAAUGUGGGUCUGCAAGAGUAACUCCAAAAUAUUUCUUUCCUCAAGUAAAAGAAAAGCUAAAAUACUUAAUACAAAUGAGAUCAAAAUUCACAAAUCCAUAUAAAGCUGUUCUCACAGAUUCAUGAAAAUUCUUAAUAAUUUAGAUCAUUUUUACACAAUUAGUUCAUUAUACAUAUUCCUGUGUCCAUUUUUCAAAAUAUGUUUGCUCAGCAGUCAAACACAUUCACAGUGCUAUCUGAGUUACUGGGGGAGUACGGUAACAUGAACAAUCUUCCUAAAGACUUAAGUUUCAGUUUUCAAAUACUGUAUAUGUUAUGGCAAUGUAACCUUCUUUGACAAGUUUUUUACCUCUUUAGUUAUGUGGCAUUAAUGAAUAAGAGAUUUUAGUUGGUGAAGAGUUCUUGGGUUUCCAGCCAGGUGGCGGUGUCUUCAAACUGCGACGUUUCGACAAGUGACAUCUUGUGGUGAGGUGCAGUUUGAAGACACCACCACCACCUGGCUGGAAGCCCAAGAACUCUUCACCAGCUGUAUACCCCAGGAAAGCAGUCAUUCACAUUUAAGAUUUUAGCUAUUGCAAACAUCGUAAGAAUAUAUUCAUUCAGUUCCACAUUGUGCCUUGUGUAUCUCUCACCAAAGAAUUGUCAGUACAUUAUCCUUCACUAUUCUGCACUGCCAUAUCUCUCUCUCUCUCUCUCUCUCUCUCUCUCUCUCUCUCUCUCUGUGUGUCUGUCUGUCUGUCUCUCUCUGUCUUUGUCUUCCUUUCCAGAGAAGAUGACUUAGCACUAGGGACUGAACAGUUAAAUCGUGUAGUGCACAUCUGCUGAAUCAGUUUUAAUCAUUACACAAUAUGUAGUCAAAAACUGUCUCAUUCCUUAUUUACACGAAAUUGCACUCAAUAUUUCCUAUACAUGUUAUAAGAAAAUAGUUUACAUUACGUAUGAGAGGGUCAGAAGCAAAGGGGUAGAAGUGAAAUUUCACAGAAAAUAAGUUUGUCUAAAGCAUAGUAUGGCAUGUAGAAUUGUGGCAAACAAAUUAAAGUGAAAAACCAGUCUGUGCUCUAUGGUAAAUGAAAAACAAAAUAAUUACAGUAUGUCAUGAAACAGUUAUGUUCAUAAAGGGUUACUGAUUUUUUGUGUAGUAUGUUAUCUAAUUGACCCUUUUGUGGUUUAUGAAUUCAGGGAAGUAAAGCUGAUGGUGAAAACCACAUUCAAUAGUGACCAUUCUUAUUAUUUCUUAUUCUUUCUUAUUGUAAGCCACAAAAGGAAUGGUGUUCAUGUAGCAUUACAUAAAUGCAUUGUUAUAGCUCAAAAUAGCAGUUUUUGAUAACUGAAUUGAUAACAACCAAUAACAAAACAUUACAGGGAAAGCAUGAAUCACAUUCUUCUUAAUUCAUAAUUUUCUGAAAACAAAGAGAUACAAGUGCAUACAGACUUCUAUGAAUUGUGAUGCAAAACUGAUCAUGUACAUUAACCUGUUGUUCCAAGAAGCAAACAGAAAAUGCUACACACUGUUUUUCUCAAAACUACAAGAAGUGUAGCAAUACCCCUUUGCUUCUGACUCCCUUCUAUGAAAAAGAUGUGCCUCAUGAACUGUCCUGAACAUUAACAGAUAAAUGUAUUUCAAGAAUGACAUGUUAUUUUAGGCAAGUUAGACAUUUUUUGAUAUUUCAAAUUCCAAUUGACAAUGGCUAUAGAACUCAAAUCAUGAUUUUGUGAAAUAAAUUAAUAACAAUCUACAGUCAAAUGGCAACAAUUCCUUUCAAUAAGUUCAAGAUGAUAGUGCACCUCCAUGAAGGAAAAAAUCAUUUAAGUUCUCAGGGCAUUUUUGUCAUAUUAACAAUUGCAUGAGGUUUGCAAGUUAAAAAAGCCUUGUUUUCCUAUUUUUUUCUUUUUUCUGGAGUAUCUAUGGCUUCUUUAUAUUAUUUAAUAAUUUCUGCCCCUCAGAGAAGAAUUUUACUCUGGAUAUGACACAAAAUUAGUUUUCUUUCUUUGCUCAAACAGUUUUAUAACAAUGAUUGCGUGGCUGUUUUGGCAGAGUACUACAGGAACGUAAUACUGUUUUUCAUAGUGGCUAAUAAGGAGAGUAUUUGUGGUGACAUUUACAUUUCAGAUUCUCUCUGUAAGCAGAGUAUUUCUAAAACAAAGUUAAUUGCCUAUGUAAUUCAUAUAACAUUCAUUAAGCAAUGACUAGUUUCAAAAUUUCCAUUUUGGAGUCUUCAGAAUUAGCAAUUCAUAGAACAUACUGCAGUAUAUCAUAUGUACUGGUACCUUAACAGUUCUUCAAUGUUCAAGGAUGGAAAUUACAAUCCUACAUCCAGUUGAAUGUUCACACAUUGGCUGUGAUAAAAACUGAGUGGUGUGAAUGGUUUUAAUAUUUUUGAGACAUUAAGCAAAGUCACCUGUGUUGCUAAUCUGUGUCAGCGUGGUAUGUGCAACUUGAUACUAAGUAUGAAUUCUUGCCUCAGUUUACACAACAGCCUGUAGGUGACAGUUUAUAUCAUGUCAAGGUACAAUGAAACAACCUCAAGUAAAAUGGCACGCACAUAUUUUGUACGUUCAAGGAGACUGAACAUUUAAACAAAAGAACUCCAUUCUAUCUCCUAAUAACCCAUGAGAAUAGUACUGAUUUCUUUAUUCUAAAACAGUUUGCAGUUUUAUAGAGUAAUACAAGAACCAUGCCUAUAUCACCCACACAAGUCCUAAAAGAUCACAAAAAAUUCAUAUUCCUUUUUGGAGUAAUUUUCUCAUAAGCAGACUCAAACUGUGCUUCAGAGUACCACCAGAUGUAGACUGUGUUUUAAUUCCUCUUACUUCCCUGGUAGUUAGUGGUUACUUUGGUUCCAACCAAUGAUACUUCACAUAGUUCAUCAUCUGUUCGGAGAGCUUGCAGGCUAUUAUUAAAUCUUAUACUGAUAUUUUGGCUGUCAACCUAACAAAGCAAUUGAAGAAUCAAUGAAUCCACAGUGAUUACAAAGUAUUUGGUUGUUGAUUAAAAAUGGCAUAUGUUGGAAUGCCAUGCUGUGUAGAUAUAAAACAAGAUUUCCUUUGAGGUCACAUAUGCAAAAUAAAGAUUUUUCCAUAAUUUUUCAGACAGGAAACCCUAGUCUCAGUUGAGCAAGUUGUCUGCUAAUUGUAUUUCUACAGCUUUCUUGACCACUGAAACAAAGUAGGAUGAAGUUGUGACCAGUAUCCUAACUUUUGUGGACAGUGGAAAUACGAUGCUAAACCACUGCAGAGUGAGUGUUUCACUGCUGUUCAAUGCAACAUUCUUUUACAGUGCUUGUCAUUUGUCCUAUAUAUUUUUUACGCCACUCACAAGGAAUUUUGUGUAUAGUCAUCCUUCAUAACAUCAGAUCAUCCUUCACAGACCCUAGAAAAACUGCUGUCUUCGUAGAUGGAUGGAAAGAUCACAUCUACUUCAUGCUUCUUCAUUAUUCUUCCAAUUUUUGAUGAAAUAUUUCCAAUGUACAGUAAAAAGGCUGUAGACUUAACAUUUCUUUCUUCUUGCUCAACCAAUACACAUUUACUCUUCAAUGUAAAGUACCUAAAAGUCCUGCAAGUGAUUCACCUAAAAUGGUUGAGAGGGUGGAAGCCACAAUAUAGGUACAAGAAUUAAUAAUAUCCCAGCUGCACUCCAAAAACUGAUGGAAUAUUCAAUUCAUGAGGAAAACUUAGUCACAAUACUUAACGUGUUUCCUGGAGUGGACAUUACAGUUUGCUGUAUGUUUGAUUUAUUUGUAUAGUUUGGUCCAAAGAAUAUUAUGUUGAAUGGUGUACCAAAGACAUGGGAAAAGUCAUGUACAUAGAAAUAGAAAACAGUAACACACAAACAUGGUAAGAUACAAUAAUUAAAGUAUAUAUCACAUCUCAAAAAAUGAUGUAACUUAUGUGUCAGGUUUAUACGCUACAGCUUAGUAACAUUGUGACAUUCAAAGUAAUAGGAAAUAUAAUACUAACAUAAGUGUAAUAAAUUUCCAUACAUCUUAGAAACUGGAGGUAACCAUUGAUUUUUCAGCCUCAUUUUCAUCAUUUAUGUGGUUAAUCCAG